GAAUAUCAAGAAGAAUUCACGACAUACGCUUGCCAGAGUUUCGCUUUUAGAAAAAUUUUACUAUUUUUGCUAUGAAAUAUUCUGUAUCGUGAAAAACUUUAUGUAAUAAUAGCGUGUCCAUACUCGUUUACAAAAAGAGAUCUAAUAGGAAGAAGGUAAGAGGCGAAAAUAGAGGAAUACAAUGUGUCAAUGAAAGACAAUUUGCCGUUGAUAGAGCAGACUUUACAUUCAAUAUCAUAUAUAAUAUUUACUGGAGGUCGACAGAGAUUGCAUGCCAACGAAAAUGUUUUAAGGUUUCGUGUCGACAUGUUGCUACAUUUAUUGCAGUAUCAGGCAGUAUAUAAAUAGAAAAUAAUAAAUAAAAUAAAGUAGCUUAAUCAGAAGGAAAAAGGCGUUGAUAAAAGACGUGCUACUGAAAACGUAGAAAUAUCAGCGAUUCUUGUAACUUUGGUCUACUAUCUUUUGUUCUGAUUAUACAUUCUUGCAUUAUUACUAUACACAUCCAGAAUACAUUUUCGCGUUUGACUUGCUGUUUCACCACAUGUUAGUUUAGUCAUUGAUCAAUAGCUUCAUCUUUGAUGUUACCGUUUAUAGGCUUUAUUGUAAAUUCUAUUUGAUAAAUAAACUAAUCGAGCAGCUGGAUGAAUUAUUUGUUGCGCUAUAGAUCACACACGAAAUUAUACUAAUCAGAGAAUUGCAUAGUAAUACGUUUCUUGAAAAUAUUAUUUUUUGUAUUAUAGUAAUUCAAGUUUUGAUGUAUGAUUUACGAUGUUCAAUAAAUAAUAUUCCUUACGUCUAUGAAUACAUUGUAAUAUUGUAUAAUAAUAUAUCAAAAUAUUAUAUAUUAAAAUCGUAAACUAUUAUAGGCAGAUAUUUGUGAUUUUGUUAUUAUACUGAACGAUAUUCAUAUCUUUUAUCUUCUUUGUUCGGUGAAUUGCUUUAUUGUAGUCGCGAAAAUCCUAUUUAGAAUUUACAGCGUCGUAGAAAAAAAUUUAUGUUUACAUCAAUAAAUAUGAGAUAGAUAGGAUACAUUCUAUUUUUUGUAUUCCAUGUGUUACACAAUUUUCUGAUUUGUUGGAUUUGCACCAUUCACGAGACGAAUCCAAGAGGACUGGGAUAAUAAUUAUACAUUUGCACUGAAUUACAAAAAUCUGAAACUGUGUCAGAAAUGAGGUCAAAGAUUUUUCAAUUCAAUUACAUCAGCAUUGAAUAGUAUUUACGGCCUGCAAUUUGUUCAAAGUGAACAAUACUCUUUUCAGUGAUGUGAGUACAUAAUUUAUUUACUGCAUGACAGUUUACAGAGAGCUCUUCUUGAAUUACAAUGUAACCAAUAUCUUUCAAAGAAUUAAAUUAUGUAAAUUAAUUUUUCAGUUAGUAUGUUUUAUUUCCGCUUAUUACGGCACACCUAUUUACUUAAAAUUAAAAAUACAUUUAUUAUUUUAAUUUUCUUAAUUGUCUCAACACUUAUAUUAUUAGUUAUCACCUUUUCUUGUUUUUUAGCUACAUUAAGCAUUUGCACAUAUUAAGUUUAAUUAAUAAUUUUUUAAAUGAAUUUAGUUUAUUAAAAUUUCAUUAUGCUGGUAUGCAAUUUAAUGUUAUAAAAUUGUGAGGUAAUACGUUGUUUUUUAUUGUGUGUGAUACACCAGUGAGAAUUUACAACUUGCGCGCUUGUCGGAGUAUUUUGUUCCCAGAAAGCUUUACUAUUUUCCUUCAAAAUAUUGUGUAAUAUUUUACGUAAAUUUUAAUGUAAUCAAUAGUUACAUUUAUUUAUAAAACGUGGACAACAAGAGCCGAAAAUGGAGGAGAUCCACAUCCAAAUGGAAGACAACUCGCCUUCGAUAGAGCACACCUUACGUCCAAUAACGUACACCUCUUGGUUUCUGGGAGUCGGCAUUCCACAUCCGCGCAAAUGCCACAAGAGUGUUACGAUAAUCCUACGUAUAAUUCAUUUGGUCCUGUGUUCUAUUAAUGCGUUGCACAGUAUGACAAAUUCCUACAUUGACAGUAUAGUCAUCAAUUUUAAAAGCGACAUAUACGAAUUUAUAUUCUACAUAAACUUGGUGAUAACUUACGUAUCCACGUAUUACUACAUUUGUCAAGGGAUCAGACAAUACGACAAGUGGCCGGAAUUAAUGGAUAAAAUAGAGAAGUUUGAUCAGAAGAUUAGAAGGGAAAUACCUAUAAAUGACAAGCCAGUAAAAAAUGUGGAAGCGCUAGCGAUUCUAGCGACGUUAACUUGUUGUCUCUUGUGGCUGAUUAUGUAUUUCUUGUAUUAUUUCUAUAUUAAUCCAUUUGUCAUGUUUGAGAGUGACUCGGUGUUUUACUUUAUACCAUUCCAAUCCUUGAUCAACAGCUUCGUCUUUGACGUUGUGAUUUAUGUGUUGUAUUAUAGAUUACAGGCGAUAAAUAAAUUGAUCGGACAAUUGGACGAGUUAUCCGAUGCGCUAGGGAUCGCGCUCAAAAUUAGAUGCAUUCAAGAAAUGCAUAAUGGUAUUUAUGAUCUUAUCAUGAUGGUAAAUGAUAUUUAUGGUUUUUAUCUUCUCAUCUGUUCGGUGAACUGUCUUACUAUGGUGGUAUCUGAACUAUUCGCAAUUUAUGUGGAAAUUGCGAUGGGAGAUAACUCGUUCAUGUUGAUACAUAUUAUCUUAUCGAUACUGUACACCAUGCAAUUUGGUCUGAUGUGCUGGAUUUGUAUGCUUGUGCGUCAAGAGUUCGACAAGACUGGGAUAAUUAUAUGCGCAAUUGUAUUGAAUUUUAAACAUGUAAAUCAUAAAUUAAAAGGAAGGAAAAGUCAAUCGAAUCUAGAAAUGCGAAUAUCAGUGGAAGGUCUGAACAGCGGCCAAAAUUCUAUUUGGAACAGCAGCCACUAUCUGAAUAACGUUACAAAAGAAAACCUAUGCAAAAUGAACCAUGACUGUAUUAGAAACGAGAUAAAUGAUUUUUUGAUUCAACUGCAACAUCAACGAGUAGUAUUUACGGCCUGUGGUUUCUUCGAAAUAAACAAUGUAGUGUGCACUGGUUUUAUUGGCGUGAUCAUAGUUUAUUUGACAAUCUGUAUUCAAUUUUAUAAAGAAUCCGAUGCUGAUUUUAUACAAAAAGAGGAAAGAAGAAGAAAGUAAAAAGAAAAA